AUGUCGUCCGGCACUUACACACUCCUCGACAUCCCCACCAAGGAACCCCGGGUUUGCUGGUCGAUGAACACCUGGAGGACGAGGCUACUCUUGAACUACAAGGGCCUCGAUUACAAGACGGAAUGGGUUGAAUAUCCAGAUAUCAAGCCGCGACUCGAACCGCAUGUCCCUCCCAACCAAGAAGGCCGCCAGUAUCAACUCCCAGCCAUACAACUGCCCGACGGCUCCUACGUGAUGGACUCGUACAAGAUUGCCGACGUCAUCAAUGAGAAGCACCCAGAGCCCAAACUCCCGUUGAACACGCCCGUGCAGCUCAGGUUCACGCCUCUCCUCAUCAACUUCAUGACCCAGCUCAGGCCAGUCUUUGUCCCGCUCGUAGCGCAGCGCCUUCUCGGCCAGAGAAGCCUCCCCUACUUCCACGCCACCCGUGAGGAGGACGUGGGCAUGUCGCUGGAAGAAUAUAGCAAGACCCAAGGUCCCGGGGCUUUCGACAGGGCGGAGCCGUUUGCGCGUCAGAUCACGGAGCUGCUGAACGAGACUCCCUCCGGGCCUUACUUUAUGGGAGAUACGGUCAGCUACACUGAUAUCAUGUGGGCAGGCAUCCUGCUCUUCUACAAGCGUCUGGGGGACGAGGAGUAUAAGGAGGUGCUGAAGAGGACCGGGGAUGCAGAUGCGCAUAUCAGGUUUCUGGACGCUAUGAGCCCGUGGACGAAGAGGGAGGAUUGA